AUGGUCCGCCUUCUAGUGGUGUGUGCACUUUUGGCCUUUUUAUGUAUAAUACGCUGCCACCAGCACAUUGAGAUAAACCCCGACGAUUUUAUUCCGCAGAGGCGGAAGGUUCCUGGCAUGGAGCACCCCGACUCUGUCUUGGACGUGCUCGAAAAGCUGCUGCACAAUUUCCCUGUUUUAAAGUCGAAGUUCAUAAUGAAGUUCCAGAAGUACAUAAACCCAAGCAGCCCCGACGGAGCCAGCAACCCGUCCACAUACUUCAAGCUUGGAAUAGGAAAUGUCCCCGAGCCCGACGAAAUUCUGAAGAGGUUUCAGUCCAUUAUAGACGCCUCAAGCAUGCUAAAGGAGGAGUCGCGGUCUCUCAUAUGGCACCUAGAAACGUACGCCGACCAAAUGUUUCUGAAUGAAAAAGCGCUUAUACAAAAAGCCAACGGAUACCUAACAGACAUGGAAGAGCUAAUCGAGCAGCACAAAGCAGAAACCGACUCUUUGGCGAGCGCAAACAUCGUGGUCAAGUUCAAGUCCAAGGAAAAAGAGGCUUUGAAAUGCAUAAAAGCCAUCAAGCACAUCCGGAACUGGGAGAUGCAGAUCAACCUCAGGCUCUCCCGGUCUUCUCUUCCCAAGAAAAUGAUGCACAUUGGGUAA